UCUAUGGUCAAGUCGAGUUCGUUCGUGGUUUCUGGAGAAAGCAGUCGAAACAGAGAGAGAGAGAGAUAGCGAAAGAGAGCUAGAGAGAGUGGAGAUUCCGUUUUUCUGUGAGGAGGAAGAAGAUCUGCGUCUUGGAUAGUUCUGCCGUCUACCUUUUGGGGUAUUGUUCGGUUUUGCUGUGAGGAGGAAGAGGACCUGCGUUUUGGAUAACUCUGCGUUUUGAGCCAAGGAGAAGAUGAGGGAUUUGGGUAUAUGGUUGUGAUCGAUACUUAGUUUUUGGGGUAAGUUCAGAGAUUAGUUUCAGCACCAACCCAGUAUCUGACAUCUGAGAAGUUAAGCAUUGGAAAAACCAAGUUCAAGGCUUUUGAUUUGGGUGGCAUCAGAUUGCUUGCAGAUUUUGGACAGAUUUUCAUCAGCUCUGUUUCACAACUGGAAAUCACUGAGCAAGAGGAAAAAAAUCAAACAAUAGCUUCAUCUGUUCACUGUCAAAGAUAAAUGAAGCUACAGUUCUGGGUUUGCGGCUAGAAAUUGCAGCAAAAUUGAGAUAACUCACCAUGGCAGUGUCAACGCAGCUUCACUCACUUACCACUCUUGCUUCAUUGACUCACCGCACUAAGGUCAAGUUUAACAGCGCCUGCUGCGCAGCUCUGUUUCCCAAUGCAAAGCAAACAAGCCCAUCCACGCUUUGCAGUGCUGUGCAGAGUGCACAGUCCACUGUUUCUGAGAGAUCAAACCCACCAUUUACUUCCUUCAAUGAGUUGAUUGAGUCCUUGAUUGAUAAGGUGGAUUUGUCGGAGUCCGAAGCCAAAGCUUCAUUGGAGUUCUUGCUGAGUGAUGCUAAUGAGGCUUUGAUUAGCGCCUUUCUUGUGUUGUUGAGAGCCAAAGGAGAGACUUAUGAAGAAAUUGUGGGAUUAGCAAAGGCAAUGAUAAAGCACAGUUUGAAGAUUGAGGGCUUGGAUGACGCAGUUGACAUUGUUGGAACUGGUGGUGACGGAGCAAACACAGUAAACAUUUCAACCGGGGCUUCAAUACUUGCUGCAGCUUGUGGUGCAAAAGUUGCAAAGCAAGGUAAUCGUUCAAGUUCCUCUGCAUGUGGAAGUGCAGAUGUAUUGGAAGCUUUGGGAAUGAUAAUUGACUUGGACCCUGAGGGGGUCGCGAGAUGUGUUAAUGAAGUAGGGUUUGGUUUUAUGAUGGCACCAAAGUAUCAUCCAGCAAUGAAUGUCGUUCGUCCUGUAAGGAAAAAGCUAAAAGUAAAGACUGUAUUCAACAUUUUGGGACCUAUGUUGAAUCCAGCUAGAGUUCCUUUUGCUGUUGUUGGUGUAUACAAGGAAGAAUUAGUCCUAAAGAUGGCUAAAGCAUUACAAAGCUUUGGCAUGAAGAGAGCAUUGGUUGUUCACUCGAAGGGCUUGGACGAAAUGAGUCCCCUUGGACCUGGACAUAUCCUUAAUGUGACUCCUAAUAAGAUUGAGAAGUUCUCCUUUGAUCCAUUGGACUUUGGAAUUCCUCGAUGCACUAUAGAUGAUUUGCGAGGUGGAGAUCCAGAGUAUAACGCUGAGGCAUUAAAGCGCGUAUUAUCAGGAGAGAAAGGUUCCAUGGCAGAUGCGUUUAUCCUAAAUGCAGCAGCAGCUCUUUUAGUCAGCGGCCGUGUAAACACUUUGGCUGAAGGAGUUUCUUUGGCUCGUGAGACACAACUUUCAGGAAAAGCUAUCAAGACGCUUGAUCAAUGCGUAUCUCUCUCGAAUACAAUGAGGAAAGAUACAGUUAUUUAUUAAGGAUGCUUCAGGAACUUUUGGAUAUCAAGUUUCAAGUUUUCAAGAUGAAAGCCAUGGUAGAGCCAAUGAACUUUGAGACAAAAUUGAGAGAACAAAAUAAGGCGACUAAAUCUUAUAAUUUUGUUGUACUGUGUUUUAGAUUUUCACUUGAUAGGGCAGAUAAGGCAGUUCUGUAUCUUAGAACUCAUGUAUGUUUCAAUGAAAAUAAAAUAGUUGUGGACUUAGAGA